UACUUAUAUAUUUAACAGAAAUUCGUAUUAGUAACACAAAAAAGCAAAAAAAAAAGCAUAAAGGAGUAUAAGCCAAAUUAAAAUAGUAACGUUUUUGAGACAUUGAUAAACGAUGCAGCAUACACUCAUACACUGCCUCUUGCUGGCUCUACUCGCAGUGCUACUGCUGUCAACUAGAGCAUAUGCCCGACGUUUGCCCCCCCCAGAGGUGCUCUCAUUCAAAGGCGAGCAGGAGAUGGUAAUUCCCCAAAGUGCCAUAGCCAUAGCCGCCCCUACAGCCAUAACUACAGCAACAGCGACAGCAGCCGAAACCGAUGUUGAGUAUACCAGGGCCAACUCGACCAGCUCCAGAGAGAUUAAAAAAGAGUCAACGAAUCUUGUGGCACGAGAAGCAACGGAAGGAGCUCCCGCUCUGAAGAACAUUCGACGUGAUAAGCGAGAACUGCUUGUGGAUACCCCGUACGACUUUCACACGACGCACUUGUUCUGUGACUUCGACAUGCGGGGCAGGCACCGCCUCAUCCCCUAUAUGCCGAACCACUGCAUUUGGGUCUGGAACAACAAGUACGUCCACGAGGGAUUCUACCGCCUCUACAAGAUGUACCAGCUUGAGGCCUUCUCUUUUGGCCAGUACGCUUUGCGAUUGUUCCAGAUAGAAUAUGAAAAUUACCAACCAGACCUGCCAAAUGGACCUUGAAUCUGUGGGAGAAAGAAACCAGAAAGCGCUGAUAUUGAAAAGGACGCCACAGAAAUAUCUUGGUUUUACACAAAUAUCUUGGAGAUAAGAUCUUUUUUCGAUAAUCUGAAGUUUGAAAUUCUAGUCGAAAUCAUAUCAAAUUUGAACUAAAAUCAAAGAAACCGCCCAAGAAAAAUCAGCCGUAUAGUCUCAUACCAGCGCACAGGAGAAA